AUGUCUGCUGGCCAUUCCGAGCCGCAGGUGCUCUACAGCGUCAACAACAUCUCUGCAUUUUCCGUCCAGAAUGGAGAGGAACAUCUGAUCACGACAUCAGGCCCCCAGACUUUGUCGCUCUUGAUGGUGCCGACUGCAUCACCAUUUGCCGACCUGUCAACCACUGAACCGACCAGCGCGGCGCCCGAGGAAGACUUCUACCUCCACCUCCACCUGCCGCCUGAACUAGAUCUUCCGCUGCCUGCAACCACCCAGAUCUAUCACAAACCUCCCAGCAGCUACCUGAUACCUCGCUGGGAUCUGGGACCCGAUGCGGGUGCCUUCAUCCGGCUGCAGUUUCCUUCCAUCGGCAACGGGCCAGGAAAGGUAACGCAAGACGAGAUAGACACAUUUGAGACCAUCCUCGCCCAGUGUACGGCAUUCCUCGAACGAGUACACAGUACACCUCCGGGAUUUGAGCGUUACGAUCCGGGCAACUAUCGGCCAGGAGAGGGCUACAUCGGAACACCGAAGCCGGAAAAGGAUCGUAAUCAGCAGCAUGGGCAAAUUGUGCUUAUUGACGAAGAGAAUGGAAGCGUCAUCGGCGAGCUGCAAGAUAACUACACAUUAGUGGAGGAGACAUCGGUCAAGCCUGGUUCAAAGACUCCGGUCCAGAUCCAGCUACCUGUCGAAGGGCAAGGCAACCAGAUCCGAGUCGACAACGUUCCUGAAGACUACCUUGCCAUAUCGAAACAUCCUGCUUAUGCGAAGUCGCGAGUCGUGCAAGGCUCUGCGACCGCCUCAAGGCUCAUUGUGACGAGUUCCACUUACUUGGCGAAUAAGCUGUCAUCAGGGGCAGAUUCGUUCCAAAAGAAUACCCAGCCUAACCCCAAGCCCAUGACAUUCUCACCUGCUACCCAUGCGCGCAUCCGUCAAAUCCACUCCUUUACUCAGGGCGCCGUUGGCCUCAGUGCAAAGACGGUCGGUCAACUGGGUAGAUAUGCCCAGAAUUUUGGGGCCUCACUCGCUCGAAAAGGGGAGAAGACCAAGAAGGAGGUGGGCAAGGAGUAUAAACCCGGCAUUCUCAACAAAUCCAUGAUUGCCUUCUCUACCAUUGCUGACGGCAUCGAUCAGGCCGGUCGCAACCUCUUGGCCUCCAGCUCCGCGGCGGCGACCAAUGUAGUGAGCCACAAGUACGGCAAGGAGGCUGGCACCGUAGCGCAAGGUCUGGCUGGUGGUGUCAAAAACGUGGGCCUUGUCUACAUUGACGCAAUGGGAGUGUCACGUCGAGCAGUAAUCAAGUCCGUGGCUAAGGGCAUGGUGGUCGGCCGGAUGCCAAACGGACAGCAACUUGUCGUCGGCUCAGGCGAUGGAGGAGUUGUGCCGGCUGAAGCAUACAUGCCCGACGAAAAGCGGAACGAUUACUAUCCCUCCUCCUACUCAGGGGCGUCGCAGAGCGGCGUGAGCCAGGCGGGAUAUGGAGUCGAAAGUUAUGGCAAUGCGACCAAUGCGCCGCCUUCGUAUCCUUCGGGGAUCGGUGAACCUUUGGGUUCAACACUGCAGGGACAACAUGUGCGGGAGAAGUGA